AUGUGGCAAUUCUUCAUCAGGAAAUCCCGAAUUGUCAUUGUGUUUUCCUUCAGCGUACGCUCGCAGACUGUAGCGGAUAUCAAUGGUGUGACGCGUCUACCGAAGCGCGUAUUGCAUGCCUUCACUGUGGAGGAAUGCAUCCUAAGAGGCCAUGACGGGGCUGCCUUGAAAUGUCCAUUCCAUUCCGACAUUUCUGUAGUGAACAUUGCGCCUGAUACUGUGUUUCUUGACAUCAGUCGUGAUUAUCUUAUACAGCCUGGUUCAGUGAAACGAGGAAAACUAAUUGGACGUGGUGCAUUUGGCUUUGUUUUUAAAGCCGGCGUCAAAAUCUCGGAUGCCAACGUGCAUGAUGCUGCGCUGAAGAUGUUGGAGCCAGUGGAACCAGGCAUGGGCGCUCGGGCGACAUCCGUUUCUGCGUAUAAGGCAGCAUACACAAAAUGGCAACGGGAUCCGCUGCAGAAUGCUUGUCGUGCUUACUGUACUUGCCGACAAGAACUUAAUGUCCUUGCUUCUUUGCAACAUUCUCAUAUUACCGCUCUGCUUGGAGUAUGCCCACGACCUUUGGCACUUCUGGUAGAAUUGGCUCCUCUUGGUGCACUAAAUAAUCUGCUUAGUAAUUACCGAAGGAGUGGAGCACGUUUGCAUCUCAGUGUUAUCCAAGAUACUGCCAGUCAGGUUGCUUUUUACUUCCGUUCUUAG